UCUGUUGAAAGUGUUUUACUCCCUGAGAAAAAGUGUCCACUCUCAGAUAUAUGCACGCCUUCACUUAUCAAUUAUGUAAGAGAGAAACAAUUAGUGAUGGUCACUUGUUCAAGUUGUCCAAGAUUGUGAUAUUAGUUGCAAGUAGAACUGAUGCAUGCACUCAAAUGUAUGUCUUGGUCAGAAACGAUACAUUGGCAAUUGUAUCACAGUUUACAAUGUUUGUAUACAGUUGCUAUCUGUCCUUUUUUCAGACUCAAAUUAUAUUAUGUUUAUUAAAAAUAGCGUAGUAUAGGAUUGAUGAAUAAUGGAUGAAUUGAGUAGAAGUCAUUCUUAUUAUGGUGCAUAGAAUAGAGCUCUGAAUGAACCCACCUUGAAAAUCAAACAAGGAGAAUGAUUGGAGAUUAGGCACUGGAUAGGAGUUCUAUCUACAGUGAGAUUUCUACGCUUUAGCGAUCAUUUUAGUUGAUUAAGCAGCUUCCUAUUUGGGUUGAUAAAAGGUAUAUAUUAAGCAGUCUUGGGAAUGUCUUGUCAACACCUCUCGAAUGAUUUGACCACCAACUGGGUAAAGAGGUUUGAAGAUGAAAACCACAUUUCCACGAAUGGGUUAAGGCUUGUGAAUCCUCUCUUUGCCCAGCAGCAAUUGGAGCCUUAUGCACUGGGCUGAUCUCUUUACUGGGUUUCUAUGUAUGAUAUACAAAAACCAAUAUUGUUCAGAUAACUCAUUAGUUUCAUAUGUUUGGAGGUCUGUCCAACACUGUCCAGUAUUAAAUGAAAGUGUACUUCUGCAAAUUCCAUGCAAAGUUUACCGAGCUUGGUGUUGAUGAUCAAAUCUGCUUCUUUGUAGGUAUGCAAGUUCAGUAAACAUUGUAGAAGUUGCGACAAGUGUGUGGAUGGAUUUGAUCACCAUUGUAAGUGGUUGAACAACUGUGUUGGGCGAAAAAACUAUGCAACAUUUAUAUCACUAAUGGCCAUCAGUCUUGUAUGGGUUGUUAUGGAAGCUGGAGUUGGAAUUGCUGUUGUAGUUCGUUGCUUUGUUCAUAAGAAGAGCAUGGAGGCUGAAAUAGUUGAUAGACUAGGAAAUGGUUUCUCUCAGGCCCCAUUUGCAGCUGUUGUGAUUGUAUGUACAGCAGUGUCUUUAUUGGCUUGCAUACCCUUGGGUGAACUUUUCUUUUUCCAUAUGAUACUGAUUAGAAAGGGAAUAACGACUUAUGAAUAUGUUGUGGCAAUGAGGGCCAUGAGCGAGGCACCUGCUGGAGCGUCCAUGGAUUUUGAACUCCCUAAUAUUACACACUCUCCGUCGGUUUCUGCAACUACCGGCUUCAGCGGUGGAAGUUCAUUGGGCCUGCAGUAUAAAGGAGCAUGGUGCACCCCUCCUAGGGUGUUUGUUGAUUAUCAGGUGAACAUUAGUAUUACGUUCUGGUUGGAUAAGACAUACUAUAAGCUGUUUAUGGAUAUGUGGAAUUCUAAGUGUGUUUGGCAGAGAAAUACAAGCACUUUUAUAAAUUGACUUUUUAUUUCUAAA